AUGAACACGUAUGAAGAAUAUGGCGAUGAUGAGCUUGACAACUACAUCAUCCAGCUCAGCAUUCAAGACUCCUGCCAGGAGGCCUUCCUCAAGUCUUCAGCAAGGUACAGAGCCCCAUCAGACAACUUCACCUACUAGAAAUAACCCUUCAGAUAAUAAGAUCUGACUUUCCUCUGUUCCUGGUUGUUAGCUUAGCAGCAGCGACGGAGGAAAACCUGAGAGUCCUGGCUGCUAUCGAGCAAGGUAGGCUGGAUAUCCUCCAACAUUACUGUGUCUUUUUGUUUGGUGUGUUGGCUGUGGUGGACAAUCACACGGCCAGCAGCUGCAGGUAAAGACUGCCAGAUACAAAGAGAGAGAGGGGGAGAGAAAGAGAGGUAAAUAAACAGAGAGCUGGGUGAGAGAUAAAGUAAAAGAGAGAAAAAGGGAGUCCUGGCUGUUUCUUAUACAUCAAAAAAGACAUUUAUUUCUUCUUUCUUUAUCUUCCUGGUCUACUUCGGUGUUGCUGUUGUGUCCAGGUGAAGUCUUGGUGCUCAGGGGGAUGCUGAGACACACCUUAGCCUUCAGUGAACCGGACAGCCGGGGGUGGCUUCCCCUCCAUCGUGCUGCAGCCCAGCCAGUCCUGGAAGUUCUGGAGACUGUCCUUCGAUGUGAGUUUGCAACAAGGGCAUGCAAAGUAUCUGUAACUUCUGUUUUAUUCAGCUAUUCUCUUUGUAAAACCAGAUAAAGUAAACUGGAUUAUCUGAUCCUGGACAGCAAAAAGUGGAUUUUCCAAACUGGAAUAUUCUUAUCCAGAUUAAUCCAGUACAGAACAAUGAACUGAGAAAAACUGCUGCCUCCCAGCUGAGGACAACAGACCUGUCUGUCUGAAAUAACCUCUGAUGUCAGUCUGCACUUAUUCAGCCUGGAGGUCAGCAGACUGGGUUCACUGCCAGGUUAGCACAGCUGGAGCUCUGAUAUGAACUGCAGGUAUGUAAACCCGUGUGUGUGGUGUGUUUGUUUCAGUGACGGCUCAGGGGCUCAGCCUGGAGGAGAGGACGGCUGUGGGAGGAGAGACGCCGCUGACUCUGGCGGUUAAAGCCGGGUUGGUGCAGAAUGUGAAGAGUCUGCUGGUGCAUGGAGCGUCGCCUCAUAACACCAACAGCAAGAAUGAGACGCCGUUGCUACUUGGUAACUCUACAGGGCAUUGGGAUAGUGCCAGAGAGUCCUAAAUUUACAGCUCUUACAUAAUGGGUUCAAUAAUAGGGACAACCAACCGUUGAAUAAAACUGGCAUCUUUCUUACAGCGGUGAGGGCUGGCUCUUAUGAGAUGACAAACAUGCUGGCCGCUCAUGGCGCCUGGGUGGAGCAGGUGUGCCGGAAGAAGUGGACAGCAACGCACGAGGCAGCCAGGAUCGGCCAUGUAGAAAUCCUAAUGCUGCUGUUGAGGAACGGAGGGAGGGUUAACCACAAAGAUGUGACAGGGGUGACGCCACUUGCUGUGGCUGCAGAGCAUGGACAUUUCCACAUCGCUGAGAUUCUGCUGAACUGUGGUUAGUCUGAGUUUAACUGCAGUUUUAGUGAAAGAAAUAUGUUGCAUGCAGUUCAUCUCUCAUAAGGUUAGCCCCAACACAGAGAUGUUCCUGUUCAAGGUGGGAGUAAGUCCAACCUCCUCUUCUUUCCCAUCAGGUAGCAAAGUGAACUCUCAGGCCUGUAAUGGGGAAAGUGUCCUGAUGGAUGCAGCGGGAUCAGGGAACACGGCCUGCAUUCAGCUGCUGUUGGACAACAGAGCAAACCCAAACCUGCCCAGCAUGACUGGACACCUGCCCAUCCACAAGGCCGCAUACGCCGGACACUAUGAGUGAGAUUCCCUUAGCAAGUUUUGAGCAGUUGACUAAAACUUCAGCUCACCAUGGCAGUGAACUUGACUGCAUGUCCAGCCAUGUCCAGUCACUUGUGGUGUUCUUCAGGGUCCUGUCCUGGGGCUCCCUCUGUUCAUUAUUUAUCCUCUUCUUUUGGACCAUCUCCUCCAUAAAGUUCACAUUUAUUUCCUUUGCUAUGUAGAUGAUACCUUGAUCUACUUGUCCAUCAAACAUACCCCCGACAACAAAACCAAGGUUCUCCUCAUUUUGUUUUUUCCCCACAGUGCUCUAAAGAUGCUGAUUUCUCUGACGACUAAAAAAGCCAUCAAAGACGCCGGUCAGAGCCCGGUCCACUCUGCAGCAGAGGGGGGUCAGAGCCACUGUUUGGAGCUCCUGUUGGCCUGCGGCUUUGAUGUGAACUACCGUAUGAGCACCAGAAACUCUGAAAACUACAGGGACAUGAGGAGAAGCGCUUUAUACUUCGCUGUCUCAAAUGGGGAUGUCCAAUGUACAAAGAUCUUGCUGGCAGCUGGGGCAAAGACAGACCUGGACCCUCUGUGCUGCCUCCUGGUGGCAGUCAGGUCAGGGAGAUAUGAGAUAGUGAAGCUGCUGCUGGCAGCCAAAGCAGACGUGAACCGUUACUUCACGGUGGUGAGCAACACGGUGUUUCCUACGGCGCUGCAGUACUGCCUGAAGGACGAGGUGAUGAUGAGGCUGCUGCUCAACAACGGCUACAAGGUGGAGAGGUGCUUUCAGUGUCACCAUGACGACCCAUUUGAUGCUGCAGAUGAGGGCGAGCCAAAAAUUCCAGUGAGUGCAAGUCUCUUCUUUAAACAACACUCUGUGAAAGUUUGGGAUCCAAGAAGACCGGUUUCAGGAGUUUUGAAGGUGGACUUUUGUCCCAUCCUUGCCUGAUUUCGGAUUUCAGCUGCUGAAUAGUUUGGAGUCCAAUGGGGGACAAGUCAGGACUGCAUCAGUCCAGUUUCUCGGCAGGACUCUUCUCCUACAGAGCCAUGCUGUACGAAUCCCUGUUGUCAGAAUGUGGUUUGGGAUCAUAUGAAGGUCUUCCCUGAAAAAGUCAUUGUCUGAAUUGCAGCAGAUGUUGCUCCUAAGCCUGGAGAUAUUGUUCAGUAUUAAUGGUCAUAUGUGGUCCUACGUGCAAACAAUCUUAUCAAAGUGAGACCAAAAAGUAAAACAAGAAACCAUCCGAAUGAUCGGACACAGUAGAGAGAAAACAGAUAAGGAUAUACACUGGGUAAUAAGCAAUGAGACACAGGUGAGACAAGGUACAGGUGUUCACAAUCACAGGGGAGGGAAGACGGGAAGAUACUGAACACAAAAGGAGAAAGAACUACAAAGUUAAACAGGAAAUACCGAAAACUAGACUAUAGGUAUUCACACAGAGUACAAGAGGAUCAGGAACGGGAGAAGCAAGAUCGGACAUGAAACACACGGUUGGACCUACAAAGUAAAACGAGAAAUGACUGAAAACACAAAUCCGCAAAAUUCGAAGCUAAACAAAAAGGAAAGCUGCUUCUGGAGGUGAUUUAGAGUCUUUGCAGUGAUUUCCACUUCAGAGUCAUGUCUGUUUUUGACACAGUUUUUGGGGGGCUGUACUUUGAGAAACAGUUUGACUGAUUUUUGGAUCCAGUCAUCCAACAACUGUGGACUCUAAUCUCUGCAGCGAGAGCUUUGGAGGUUCUGAUGGGGGGUCUGUAGCAGGUCUUUCAUUUCGGCUUAAAACUGCUGGUUAGUUCAGAUCUUUUUAAAAUAGACCUUACUCUGCUCACAUUUAUGUGGUAGACUUUGAGUGACUCAAAUAAACAAAAAGUUAGACGUCUUUGGUACUUAACUCACAGAUAAAAUCACUAAUCACUCUUUAAUGAUCUCUCUCUCUCCAGUUUUGCGAGUUCAUGAGCCUCUGCUGCGUCAAGCACCUCUCUGGAAUAGUGGUCCGGACUCUACUGGACUACAUGAGCCACGUCCACAUAUGCUCUAAACUCAGAGUCCUGCUGGAGACACAACCUGAGUGGACGGAAAUAUGUGACAUCCUCAGUAAGUUUAUCCACCUCCUCUGUUUCACAGUAACCAGUCAGGAGGCAGUUUUACAGCCUCGCCUUAACUCAACCAUCUCUGGAGGGAGAUCUCUAACUCUGAAUCCACUCAAUCCUGCUCUGUGCUCUUGGAAUCCUUUGGUACAUGUUUUCAGUGUUUUUCAAAAAUCCUUUCAGUAAAGCAGUCAGAGCGGAUUGAGAUCUGCAGGAAAGUUACUGCUUUCAUCCAGAGGGGGCGGGGCCACAACUUAACAGCCAUGUACCUGGAUGGAUUACUCUCAUCUCAGGAGGAGAAAUCCAUCCAAUCUAAGCAACUCUCUUAUCUUUCUUUUAGUGAUUUGCUGUACAAUGAUUUUCUGCACCUUGCUCUCCAGGCAGUCCUCGCUCCCUCAGGCACCUCUGCAGACUGGAGAUCAGGAGACGUCUGACGCUGAAGAGACUCAAUAAACCUGAAAUCAUGAACUCACCUGUUUUCCCUCCCAGACUGAAGAGCUUCAUUCUGUACCAGGAGCUGGACCUCUACAGCCAGGACCCUGAACGCAUCAUGUGA